AAUACACAUGUUAUAUACAUAUCUUAUAUGUAUUGUUUAACUCCACGUGUUCCAGGCAUGUGAGGCUCUGCUGACCAGAAGUUUUACCAGCAGUGUGAAUAUUAAACAAUAGUACAGUAUAUCAGUUUGAACUGUUUACAGCACAGAUGUGGGCAAUGUUUGGGGAAAAGGCCCAAAGUCUCAAAGAUGCUAGACUGAUUGGCGCCAUGAUUCCAUUGACGUGACAGUUGUUAGUCAACGUCAAAGCAAUGUGUGUCUGGACCAUGUAAGGAAAGAGCCCACCCUCAAGACAACAGGUUGACGUAAUGGUUUGCAAACCCUAUAAGUCUACCUGUUUGCCAAACUCUCGUUGGAAGCGCUUCCGAUCUGACAAGGCCUUCAGGGUGACCGACCUGUUUAUGAUGCUUCCUAACACCAUCAUCAUUUUCUAGUUUGGGAAGAUGGAAGGCCUGAAUACACAUCACCAGCCUGUCGGGUCGUACAGUUUACGACCAGCAUAUAUUCGCUUAUUUUCACGCUGGUGUUCCCGUGCAGGAUCUUCCAGGGGUGGACUGGGACAAAAAUGUGGCCUUGGUCUUUUUGGUCCAGACCGGCCCGCUACAAUCCACACGCAUAUACCUGUACUGUGCCAACUGGCCCCACUGAUGUACACACAAGUCCUUAAUAACACCACUAUACUAAACUAUAUUCUGGAGCCGCGAAUACAUAAAUGACAGUGAAAUCAUUUAUGGGUGGGCUCACUGGGCUGCUGGAGUCUCUGGUGAGAUCAUGUCCACAGGAGUUCACAAACCUGGGCAUGAAAAGCAGAGGAAUAAUGUGGAAUAGUUCUGAACAAGAUUACGUGAACAAAACAAAAAAAGUUUGCAUGCAGUCAGAACUUUGAUUAGUUGACUAAAGUAUGCAAAACAAUAUAACCAUCUGAUUUGAUUUUAUUAUUGUAACAUUACUGUUUUAGUCCUUGUAACUAUCAAGGACCGUAAACACUGACUGAAAAAAUAUGUAAAGCAUAGACAUUGUUUAAAUUGUUACGUCGGUGUCCUUCAUCAUGCAAAUUUGACUGUGGGCACUGAAAUAGGAGCAUGUUGGCACUUUAAACACUCAGUUCGCCUAUAUUUCGGUUUGUAUCCAAAGUUAUUUGGUAAACUUGUUUCAUAAACUACGCUGUGCAUUUGACAAGGCCUCGCUGUGCAGGCCUGUGUUGCGUCAGUCACUUAUGCAACUCAAUGGGGGUAGCAUGACCGCGUUUUUCCUUGAAAUUGAUUUUUAUCUUAUUCCAUGAAGUCAUCAUAAAACAUUUCCGGUUAAACCAGACCCACUUCCGUUUUAUGCCCCGCCCACUCAGAGUACAGAUACGAAUAUAAAUAAUUUAGAUGGCUGAACGGAUACAGAUACAGAUUCAGAUAGUGGUGUCCUCGCUCAUCUGUAAUUAGCACUUUCUUGUUUCUCUUAUGUUUACGUUACAUUGCAGGGGUCACCAAUGUGGUGCCCGCGGGCACCAGGUACCCCCGAAGAUCACAUGAGGUGCCUGCAAGCCUGCUUUCCAUUCAUCAGGAUUUCAGUUAAUGUGAGAACACAAGAAAGAAAUGCAUUCUGAAAUACAAAAUCAGUCAUGGCUUCACACAACCUGAGUGGAAUAAAGCGAGACGAAAAGGGGAGAAACAUCCAAGUGGUCGUCAGAUGCAGACCGUUCAACACAAUGGAGCGCAAGUCCUCCCACAGUGUGGUUGACUGCGACCCAAACAGGAAGGAAGUGAUCAUGAGGACGGGAGGCGCCGUGGACAAGGCGUCCAGGAAGACGUACACCUUUGAUAUGGUGUUCGGACCCGCUGCCAAACAAAUAGAGGUGUACCGCAGCGUGGUGUGUCCCAUCCUGGACGAGGUCAUCAUGGGCUACAACUGCACCGUGUUUGCUUACGGUCAGACAGGAACAGGAAAGACGUUCACCAUGGAGGGGGAGAGGAGUCCAGACGAGCAGUUCACGUGGGAGGAGGACCCUCUGGCCGGGAUCAUCCCCAGAACUCUUCACCAGAUCUUUGAGAAGCUCUCUGAGAACGGCACGGAGUUCUCCGUCAAAGUGUCUCUGCUGGAGAUCUACAACGAGGAGCUCUUUGACCUGCUCAGCCCAAGCGAGGACGUCAACGAGAGGUUGCAGCUCUUUGACGACCCGCGGAACAAGCGUGGCGUGGUGGUCAAAGGUCUGGAGGAGGUGACUGUGCACAACAAAGACGAGGUGUAUCUGAUCCUGGAGAGAGGAGCCGCCAAGAGGAGGACUGCCUCCACGCUCAUGAACGCAUACUCAAGCCGCUCCCACUCGGUGUUCUCUGUCACCAUCCACAUGAAGGAGAUGACGCUGGACGGCGAGGAGCUGGUGAAGAUCGGAAAGCUCAACCUGGUGGACUUGGCCGGUAGUGAGAACAUCGGACGCUCUGGCGCCGUGGACAAACGGGCCCGUGAGGCGGGGAACAUUAACCAGUCUCUUCUGACGUUGGGCCGUGUCAUCACGGCGCUGGUGGAGAAACGGCCGCACAUCCCAUACAGAGAGUCCAAGCUGACCAGAAUCCUGCAGGACUCCCUGGGAGGACGCACCAAGACCUCCAUCAUUGCCACCGUGUCGCCCUCCUCCAGCAACCUCGAGGAGACUCUGAGCACAUUGGAGUACGCCAGCAGGGCAAAGAACAUCAUGAACAAGCCUGAGGUGAACCAGAAGCUCACCAAGAGGACGCUCAUCAAGGAAUACACGGAGGAGAUCGAGCGCCUGAAGCGUGACCUGGCCGCCACUCGGGACAAAAACGGCGUGUACCUGUCAGCCGAGAACUACACGAGCAUGAUGGGACAGAUCAGCACGCACGAGGAACACGUAGCAGAGUGCACCGAGCGCAUUGCUGCCAUGGAGGAGGAGCUCAAAAAGGUGACUGAGCUGUUCAUGGACGGUAAAAGCAAGCUGGACCAGUGCACCGCGGAGCUGGACAACAAGCAGCAGAGGCUGGACGACGCCAGUAGGGACCUGCAGUGGACCAGAGAGAAGCUGACUCAGGAGGAGUUCAUCACCGCCGAGCUGUACUCGGCCCAGGAGAACCUCUACAGCGCCGCCACGCAGCUGCUGAGCACAGCAGAUGCCAGCACCGGCGACGUCUCGGGUCUGCACGCCAAGAUGGACAGGAAGAAACUGGUGGAUCAGCACAACGAGCGGGCGCAGCGGAACUUCGCCGAGCGCAUGGCGGUGGCCUUCAGCGGCGUGCAGCGCAGCGUGGAGCGGCAAGGCGGCGAACACGCCCGCAUACUGAGCGACUGCUCUCAAGCCAUCGACAACAUUCUGGACCUGAACACGGCGACUCUGACGUCUGCUCUGCGCGGUGUAGAGAAGCUGGUGGGCGGAGUCAGCCGGCUGGUGGGCGAGGGCGUGGCCCGCUGUCGGGAGCGAGCGCAGCAGCACCAGACGCAGGGCAAGAGCAACACGCAGAUUGUCAAGGAGCUCCUGGAGGAGCACCAAGGGGACAUGGAGGUUCUGCAGAGUCAGACUCUGAUGGGUCUUUCUGUGCUCAAAGAGCUCAUCGCCUCGCUCAGGAGCAGCAUGGAGACGCAGCGGGCUCUGGCCGACAAGAUGGAGGCUAUGAAGGAGACGGGCCAGGUCUUCAGCAGCUUGGUCCGGGAGAUGGCAAAUCUGGGUGAGACUGCCGUGCAGAGUCUGAAUGCCAUUCAGGCCGAUCGGGACCGGCUGGAAGAGGAGAUCGGAAAAGCUCAGAUGAGCAACGAGCAGAGCAUCCAGUCCCUGCAGGACCAGUUCAUCAUCCAGUUCAACCAGCUGAAGAUGAACUCACACGAGCACUAUGAGAACCUGUGCUCAUCUUCCAGAGCCCUGAAGACUCCUCUUCAGAACCUUCAGGAGAACCUCAGCAGCGGCUGCAGCUCCAGGAUGAAUCGAGCCUCCACCCAGGAGGACCUCUUCUACUCUGCCACCUCCUCUCUGAUCUCCUCGCUACAUCUCCAUGUAGACCAGAGCCAGCACACACUGGAAGAGGCAAGCGGCUGCUGCUCUCACCUUCAGCAGUCUGUGUCAGCUCAGCUCCAACGAGACCUGGACUGGCGCUCCAGACUCGAGGAGCAUGUUGAGAAAGGAGCUCAGGAAGAGCUCUCCCUCGUGGGGAAGAUGUGCGCAGAUGCUGAGGCCCUCAGUCAGAGCAUGACAACAUACAGCGCCGAGCAGCUCCAUGCAAUGGAGGCGGCGCUAUCGUGCCAUCAGGAGGAAGUGACGGAAGCCCUUAAGAUGCUGCAGAAGCAGACCUCCUUGAACGGAGCCAUGCUGGAUCAGCGUCAGGCUGAGAUCCAGGUUCAGGUGGAGGCCAGUCAGCAGAUGCUCGGCAUGUUCCUACAGGACGAGUUGCAGCACGACAUUCCCACGGGUCAGACGCCUCAGCGGCGGGAAUUUGUUUAUCCUCGUAAUGUGGCCAAGGCCUGGAGCCGGGCUGAGCUGCUGGAGAGUCUGAGGAGGCAGCAGGAGGAGCUGAGAGCCGCCACCACGGAGGAGGAGCCGGAAGAUGAGGAGGACAAACACCAGGAUUCGCAGGAGGAGGAAGCGAGUAACGAAAGCGUGGCCACCGAGGACUCCUUUGUUGACGAGAACCUCGUCUUUAACGAGAGCAGACGCGUUCCCUUCUUCAAGAAAAAGACUGGUGGGAAGAAGGAGGCGAAGGCGACCAGCAAGCAAGCCAAAGCAUCUGAUGACGCCACAUCCCCCGCGCUCAAGUCCAGACUGCCACUUCGCUGUAUGAACUAAGCAUGUGCUCCUGUUUUUUUUUUUUUUUUUUUUUUGUCCACACUUUUUUUAAUGUCUUUUUAAA